AAGAACGUUCUGAAUAUGGACGAGUCAGGAGCCCGUAUUGGUUGCCCUACCGGUGAGUACGUAAUUGUGCCCAUAGAGGUAAAGGAGCUAUAUACGGCAAGCCCUGAGAAUCGCAAAUCAGUUACGAUAAUCGAAACUAUUUACGCGGAUGGGCGUAAACCUCUUCCUCCAUUUGUAAUUGCUCCUGGAAAGAAGAUUAUAGAUAAUUGGAUAUCGGAAAACCUGGUUAGUACGGAGCAUAUUGAAUAUACUCCUACCGGGUAUAUAAAUAAUAACGUAGCUAUGAAAUACCUUAAUCAUUUGAUUAAGUAUUCAAAAGCUGGUCCAAAUAAGCCCUGGAAAAUACUUCUCCUUAAUAGAUACGAAUCUCACGUCUAUAAACCCUUUUAA